UAAGUCGACAUCUGCUGGGGUCGAACAUGCUCGGGGUCAACUGAGAGGCCACCCAGACGCUUCAUUUCUCUCGUUUGCGUUUGCGGUGGGGCACGAAGAGGCUGAGGAUGGCGGGUGAAACAGCUGAGAAGCCGGCUCCUAAGGAGAAGAAACCUGAAGCCGAGAAGGCUAAUACUGGUGGCAAGGUGAAGAAGGGUAACCUCAAGGCCAAGACGCCUAAGAAGGGGAAGCCCCACUGCAGCCGAAACCCUGUCCUAGUCAGAGGAAUUGGAAGGUACUCCCGGUCGGCUAUGUAUUCCCGAAAGGCCAUGUACAAGAGGAAGUAUUCAGCAGCUAAGUCCAGGAUUGAAAAGAAAAAGAAGGAGAAGGUUCUUGCUACUGUCACAAAACCAGUUGGAGGUGACAAGAAUGGUGGUACCCGAGUGGUUAAACUUCGCAAAAUGCCUAGGUAUUAUCCUACUGAAGACGUGCCUCGAAAGCUUUUGAGCCACGGCAAAAAACCCUUCAGCCAGCAUGUGAGAAAACUGCGAGCUAGCAUCACUCCUGGGACCAUUCUGAUCAUCCUCACUGGGCGCCACAGAGGCAAGAGGGUGGUUUUCCUGAAGCAGCUGAGCAGUGGCUUGCUACUUGUGACUGGACCUCUGGUCCUCAAUAGAGUUCCUCUGCGUAGAACACACCAGAAAUUUGUCAUCGCCACCUCCACCAAAAUUGAUAUCAGUGGUGUGAAAAUCCCAAAACACCUGACUGAUGCUUACUUCAAGAAGAAGAAGCUGCGUAAGCCCAGGCACCAGGAGGGUGAGAUCUUCGACACGGAGAAGGAGAAAUAUGAGAUUACAGAGCAGCGCAAAGUUGAUCAGAAAGCUGUGGACUCACAAAUUCUGCCAAAAAUCAAAGCCGUUCCUCAGCUCCAGGGCUACCUCCGUUCUGUGUUUGCUCUCACAAAUGGAGUUUAUCCUCACAAACUGGUGUUCUGAAUGUCUCACAAAGAACCUAAUUAAAUACUGAUCCAUC